UCUCCCCUCUGGAUGUCAGUCAUGGGAUUUCAGUGGGUUUUUUUCGAAGUUAAAGUUUGUGUGCAAUGACUGGUUCAGAAAAACAUCUUGACCUGGUUCUUUGCACAUCUCUAAGGGGUUGUAUUUGAGAGACAUGUCUGAGAUCUGGACCGAGAGGAUCCUCUCUUUCUCCCGCAGCCCGUCUCGCUUCCUCUCCGGGACUACAGCGGACGGUUUCCUCGCUGAGCUGCUGCGGGAGCUCCGGGAUGACAGAGCCAAUUACAGCCUCAAGGUGCUCCUGUUGUCCCCGCUCUGCGAGUCCCCGUCUCUGCUGUGUCUCUCAGACUCGGUGGGUGAGGAGACGGCCCUGGAGCUCAUGUCCGUCUUCAACCAGUGUUCUCCCAAAGCCCUCCAGUUUCGCUGCCCCCUCCUCCUGGCGCUCACCUCCGUCCUGGUCUGCACCUCCUGCGUAAACAACCGCUCCCGAGCAUCCCAGGACUUCCUGGACCUGCUGCUCCAGAUAACCCAGGACACUGCUGACCUCCACGGAGACGGUGUUGCUCUGCGGGCCACGGCCUGUGACUGCCUGCGGGAGCUGGAGGCCUGCUCCCCGGGCCUCCUCUCCCAGCGCCUGGAACUCUUAGGUGGGCUCCGGCAGAGGGAAAUGUCCCGGCUCCACCAGGCCUACGCUGGGCUCCACACCCUGGUGUUAAGGAACGCCGUGUAUCAGCUGACCCAGGAAACAGGAGCCGGAGCCGAGCAUCUUAAGGCUCUUCUGGGAGGAGACACGUCGGUAGCAUGGGAGGCGGAGCUGGACUUGAUGAACAAUAAAGAUGACUCAGCAAUUCUGUCCUCUCUCAUCCUGGGGCCCAUGGGCACGGUGCCGACCCUCCAGACCGGGCCCGACUGUAAGGAGCUUCGGUCGGUGCUGUCCUCCCUCCUGGAGGAGUCGUACCUCCUCACCCCUCUGAGUCAGGCUGCUCUGCUGCACAGGCUGACGGAGGUGGUUGCCAUGGUUCCCGGUGUCUCUCCAGCUGUGUUCAGAGCUCAGCUGCUGCGGCUGCUGGGCACCAGCGAGGUGUGCCUCCUCCACUCCACCCUGCUGAUGAAGAGCGCGUUCACAGACAGCCUGUUCAGCGCCGAAGACGAAGCCUUCCUGCUCCACCGGCUGGUGGUUCUCUCCCAGCACCCGCUGCUGACCCCCCCCGAGAAGCUCUUCUACAUGGACUGCAUCCUGAACUUCCCCGAGAACCGGCCAAUCGGCUGCGGCGACGACGCGCUCCCCGUGCUGCUGACCCCGCGGCUCGCCUCGGUCCUAGUGCCCACCGUGUUCAAUGACAGCGCCACAUUGUUAGCCCGCCUCCACCUGCUGUGUCUGGUCUACCUGGAGGAGGAGGAGGAGGAGGAGAAUGAAGGCGGAGAAGAGGGGAGGGGCUUGGCGUACCUCUUCGAUCACCUGACCUCGCUGCUGCACAUCGUAGACAACGGAGGCAGCCGGGAGAUUGUGGUCACCUUCUUCAGAGCCGCCUUCCUCUUCCUCUCCUACUUCUUCCACGUGGAGCGGUACUCCCGCAGCCUGAUGGAGGAGCUGUGUUCGCUGUACCUCCGUCACCCCCACCUGGCGCCGCACUUCAUCAAUUUAGCCGACCACAUCCAGGAGCAGCUGUCCGAGGCGAGCUGGGCGACGGAAUUCUUGAAGGCGCUGCAAGGAGCCGUCACCGACACCGACCUGGCCUCCAGAGACCUACGCUGGCACCUGAAGCUGCUGUCCCGCGUGGCGGAGGAAGGGGACAUCCAUCAGCGCAGCACCGUCAGCUUCCUGUCCCGCAUCAUCACUUCCUCGUCUCUGUGCGUGAAAGGUGACUGGCGCCUCGGGAACUUCCUCCUCGGGGUUUGCCGCUGCCUCCUGGUCCACCCCGGCCUGGAUGCGCUGCUCAUCCCGCUGGCCGACGUCCUGCAGCAUCUCGCCUGUCACUACGGAGACACGGACGUACGGGACCACGCCCGCCUCUACUACACCCUGCUGACCACGCUGUCCAGGGAGAAGCUGGCCGGGGUUUUGUCGCAGGAAUCCGGCGAGGGAGGCGGGCAGGCCAAGAAACGAACGCUGUCCUGCAUCGUGGCUGAAAGCGAAGGGCUCACCAGCCUGCUGACGGUCCACCGGGCGAAGAAAAUCCUCCUCAGGCUGAUGGAGGAGCCACGAACUGAAACAGGAAGUGGACUAAACCAAAGUGAGGCGAAUCCAGAGGGGGCGUCUGCAGCUCUUGAACAGUACAGAGCUCAGUUUGACGUCCCCGGCUUCGCCUCAGAACUCCCGCUGAACUACCAGCUGACUCACAGCGAAGGUGCCGACUCCUGCUUCGAUCAGCUGUUCAGCGUCCGCCUCCACUUCAGCCUUACGGACGACCACUACGAGCCGCUGGGCGACAUCAGCGUCCCGUGUGUGUUCAGAGAGAGGCCACCGCCCAGCGUGAAGCUCGGGCUGAAGCCCAGACGACCCCAGCCGACCACCCUACACGCCAGCGCCAUCUUCACCUCCCAGGACGGCCUAUCCUGGCUCACGGAUCUCCCGGACGUCCAUGUUGCCUUCCAGCAGACCUUCCUGCCUCUUCCCGCCCCUGAAACCUGGGGUCGAGGCGGCAGACUGAGCCUGUUCGAGGGAUUAUGGGAUGAAAUGAGUGAGGAGCUAACAGGCGGCGCUACCAGUCUGUUCUGCUGCCCGCUGCCGGAGGAGGCUCUGGCGGCGCUGGUGGAGAAACACUUCCUUCCCUACGUCGUAUCAGAUCCGGCGGAUAGAGAGGAAGUCAAAGUGCUCUUCUUCCUCCCGCCGCAGUCUCACCUGCUGCUGAGGAUCUGCUCGGAGGAAACCGUGCACUUCAGCGUGGCCACAGAUAACUGGCAGCUGCUGCCUCACAUCAACUCCUACCUGCUGACCCUCACAGGAACACACACACACACACACACACUCACCUGACUGAUGCAUCUCACUAGCUUGAUUUUACGGGUUUUAAAAAAGGAGCAGAUUUUUAACUCAAUCUUUAAUAACUCCAAUGUGUUUUGUAAUAAACUUGCUGAAGACGGAUGAUUUCAAAUACACUGAUUGCACUUUUAUCGUCUUGUCUUGAUCUGAAAUAAAGAAAACAGUCAAUAAAUAAGCAACUAAGCAUAAUUCAACUGAUGGGUUCAGGUUCUCACUAUUAAAUGGUUUAAUAUAAGUUGCAUUUCCCUCUUAAAUACAAAUAUAGCAAACACAAAGGAGGCAUUAUUGCACACAACGCCAUGUAAGAAUCUGUGAAGUUUAAUCAUAAACACCAUUAGGGUGGCAAUCAGUGUAAUAUAUGUAACUUA